AUGCCAACUAUAAUCGAUCAUGAACUAAGCCAACAUAAAAAUAUAGAAUUUUCUUCUGAUCUUUCGGAUAAGUCUCUCAAUGCGUAUACAUUAUUGCAAGGCACAGAGGAAGUACUCGAUGAAUUCGAGGAAGAAGAGUAUGGCGUAAAAAAUGAUAUUCAUAAUAUAGUUGAAGAACAUUCGGAGGUAGAACAUAUCAGUGAUAUCACACACACUGAGAUCGACUAUCUUGACUUGGGGAACUUCAUUGAACAUGAAAUCCAAGAACUAACGGCUGGCGCUCACAUUGAUGGAGUAGCAAAUAUAAUUUAUCAGACUCACUUGCUGGUGUGUUUAGAUGUCACUAUGGUUCAAAGUAAGACAGCGAAGGAUAUUGCUGAACUUGUAAUCACAGAAAUUGAAAGCGGAGAUGAUUACUCAUGGAACUUUAAAAAAGCUGACCUAUCAAGAAAAUUUGGAAGCACAGUUGGUCGGUUCUCUUACGUGUGCUGUCAAUUGAAAGAAGCACAGAGGGAACAGUACAAAGAUUCCAAUCACAAGAGACGAAUGCGUUACGAUUGCAAAGGUAAGAUUAUAAUACGAGUUGAUACAAUCCUUAACGUUACAACCGUAGACAUCUAUCACGGAUCCCUCCAUCCCCGUCCAAAUCUCUGCAUUGAGACACCUGAAGAACUGCGACAAGAAAUCAAAAUAAACUCGCACCUUACCAUUGUAGACUUGAAAAACCAUCUGCGAAAUAAAGGGUUUGAUAUCUCAAAGUAUUCACCCAAACGCAUUUAUUAUUGGAAGUCCAUGGCAGUUCAGAAAUUAUUUCAACGUAAUAAUAAUCAUGUUGAAUUCACGUGCAAACUGCUUAGUGAGCAUGAAAUUCAUGGCUUUCACUGGUGUCUAAAUAUAAAAGAUUCAGAAGCUACAGCCAUCGGUUUCACCACUCCACUACUAAAAGAGAUUAAAAAUCGUAACAUUAGCAUUACUGAAAUCUAUCUCAAUGCAACUUAUAAGACUGCAAGAGGACGCUAUGAACUUUAUG